AUGAUGAUCGAGAAAAGGAGGCCCCUGGACUCUGUGGAGGAGGUGAGGGACAGGAGGCCCCUGGACUCUGUGGAGGAGGUGAGGGACAGGAGGCCCCUGGACUCUGUGGAGGAGGUGAGGGACAGGAGGCCCCUGGACUCUGUGGAGGAGGUGAGGGACAGGAGGCCCCUGGACUCUGUGGAGGAGGUGAGGGACAGGAGGCCCCUGGACUCUGUGGAGGAGGUGAGGGACAGGAGGCCCCUGGACUCUGUGGAGGAGGUGAGAGACAGGAGGCCCCUGGACUCUGUGGAGGAGGUGAGGGACAGGAGGCCCCUGGACUCUGUGGAGGAGGUGAGGGACAGGAGGCCCCUGGACUCUGUGGAGGAGGUGAGGGACAGGAGGCCCCUGGACUCUGUGGAGGAGGUGAGGGACAGGAGGCCCCUGGACUCUGUGGAGGAGGUGAGGGACAGGAGGCCCCUGGACUCUGUGGAGGAGGUGAGGGACAGGAGGCCCCUGGACUCUGUGGAGGAGGUGAGGGACAGGAGGCCCCUGGACUCUGUGGAGGAGGUGAGGGACAGGAGGCCCCUGGACUCUGUGGAGGAGGUGAGGGACAGGAGGCCCCUGGACUCUGUGGAGGAGGUGAGGGACAGGAGGCCCCUGGACUCUGUGGAGGAGCCUCUCACAGCCGCUGGACGCUCACAGCCGCUGGACGCUCACAGCCUCUCACAGCCGCUGGACGCUCACAGUCUCUCACAGCCUCUCACAGCCUCUCACAGCCUCUCACAGCCUCUCACAGCCUCUCACAGCCUCUCACAGCCUCUCACAGCCUCUGGACGCUCACAGUCUCUCACAGCCGCUGGACGCUCACAGCCGCUGGACGCUCACAGCCGCUGGACGCUCACAGCCUCUCACAGCCUCUCACAGCCUCUCACAGCCGCUGGACGCUCACAGCCUCUCACAGCCUCUGGACGCUCACAGCCUCUCACAGCCUCUCACAGCCGCUGGACGCUCACAGCCUCUCACAGCCGCUGGACGCUCACAGCCGCUCACAGCCGCUGGACGCUCACAGCCGCUCACAGCCUCUCACAGCCGCUGGACGCUCACAGCCGCUCACAGCCUCUCGCAGCCGCUGGGCUCACGCUCACAGCCUCUCACAGCCGCUGGACGCUCACAGCCGCUCACAGCCGCUGGACGCUCACAGCCGCUCACAGCCUCUCGCAGCCGCUGGACGCUCACAGCCGCUCACAGCCUCUCGCAGCCGCUGGACGCUCACAGCCGCUCACAGCCGCUGGACGCUCACAGCCUCUCACAGCCGCUAGACGCUCACAGCCGCUGGACGCUCACAGCCUCUCACAGCCUCUCACAGCCGCUGGACGCUCACAGCCGCUCACAGCCGCUGGACGCUCACAGCCUCUCACAGCCUCUCGCAGCCGCUGGACGCUCACAGCCUCUCGCAGCCGCUGGACGCUCACAGCCGCUCACAGCCUCUCGCAGCCGCUGGACGCUCACAGCCUCUCACAGCCGCUGGACGCUCACAGCCCUCACAGCCUCUCACAGCCGCUGGACGCUCACAGCCUCUCACAGCCUCUCACAGCCUCUCACAGCCUCUCACAGCCGCUGGACGCUCACAGCCUCUCACAGCCGCUGGACGCUCACAGCCUCUCACAGCCUCUCACAGCCUCUCACAGCCGCUGGACGCUCACAGCCUCUCGCAGCCGCUGGACGCUCACAGCCUCUCACAGCCUCUGGACGCUCACAGCCUCUCACAGCCGCUGGACGCUCACAGCCUCUCACAGCCUCUCACAGCCGCUGGACGCUCACAGCCUCUCACAGCCUCUCACAGCCUCUGGACGCUCACAGCCUCUCACAGCCGCUGGACGCUCACAGCCUCUCACAGCCGCUGGACGCUCGCAGCCGCUGGACGCUCACAGCCUCUCACAGCCGCUGGACGCUCGCAGCCGCUGGACGCUCACAGCCGCUGGACGCUCACAGCCUCUCACAGCCUCUCGCAGCCGCUGGACGCUCGCAGCCGCUGGACGCUCACAGCCUCUCACAGCCGCUGGACGCUCACAGCCGCUCACAGCCUCUCACAGCCUCUCACAGCCGCUGGACGCUCACAGCCUCUCGCAGCCGCUGGACGCUCACAGCCUCUCACAGCCGCUGGACGCUCACAGCCUCUCGCAGCGGCUGGACGCUCACAGCCUCUCACAGCCGCUGGACGCUCACAGCCUCUCGCAGUCGCUGGACGCUCACAGCCUCUCGCAGCCGCUGGACGCUCACAGCCUCUCACAGCCGCUGGACGCUCACAGCCUCUCGCAGCGGCUGGACGCUCACAGCCUCUCACAGCCUCUGGACGCUCACAGCCUCUCACAGCGGCUGGACGCUCACAGCCUCUCACAGCCGCUGGACGCUCACAGCCUCUCGCAGCGGCUGGACGCUCACAGCCUCUCACAGCCGCUGGACGCUCACAGCCUCUCACAGCCGCUGGACGCUCACAGCCUCUCGCAGCCGCUGGACGCUCACAGCCUCUCACAGCCUCUGGACGCUCACAGCCUCUCACAGCCGCUGGACGCUCACAGCCUCUCGCAGCCGCUGGACGCUCACAGCCUCUCACAGCCGCUGGACGCUCACAGCCUCUCACAGCCGCUGGACGCUCACAGUCUCUCACAGCCUCUGGACGCUCACACCUCUCACAGCCUCUCACAGCCGCUGGACGCUCACAGCCUCUCACAGCCGCUGGACGCUCACAGCCUCUCACAGCCUCUGGACGCUCACAGUCUCUCACAGCCGCUGGACGCUCACAGCCGCUGGACGCUCACAGCCUCUCACAGCCUCUCACAGCCUCUCACAGCCUCUCACAGCCGCUGGACGCUCACAGCCUCUCGCAGCCGCUGGACGCUCACAGCCUCUCACAGCCGCUGGACGCUCACAGCCUCUCGCAGCGGCUGGACGCUCACAGCCUCUCACAGCCGCUGGACGCUCACAGCCUCUCGCAGUCGCUGGACGCUCACAGCCUCUCGCAGCCGCUGGACGCUCACAGCCUCUCACAGCCGCUGGACGCUCACAGCCUCUCGCAGCGGCUGGACGCUCACAGCCUCUCACAGCCUCUGGACGCUCACAGCCUCUCACAGCGGCUGGACGCUCACAGCCUCUCACAGCCGCUGGACGCUCACAGCCUCUCGCAGCGGCUGGACGCUCACAGCCUCUCACAGCCGCUGGACGCUCACAGCCUCUCACAGCCGCUGGACGCUCACAGCCUCUCACAGCGGCUGGACGCUCACAGCCUCUCGCAGCCGCUGGACGCUCACAGCCUCUCACAGCCGCUGGACGCUCACAGCCUCUCACAGCCGCUGGACGCUCACAGCCUCUCACAGCCUCUGGACGCUCACAGCCUCUCACAGCCGCUGGACGCUCACAGCCUCUCACAGCCUCUCACAGCCUCUCACAGCCUCUCACAGCCUCUCACAGCCUCUGGACGCUCACAGCCUCUCACAGCCGCUGGACGCUCACAGCCUCUCACAGCCUCUCGCAGCCGCUGGACGCUCACAGCCGCUGGACGCUCACAGCCUCUCACAGCCUCUCGCAGCCGCUGGACGCUCACAGCCUCUCACAGCCGCUGGACGCUCACAGCCUCUCGCAGCCGCUGGACGCUCACAGCCUCUCACAGCCGCUGGACGCUCACAGCCUCUCGCAGCCGCUGGACGCUCACAGCCGCUCACAGCCGCUGGACGCUCACAGCCUCUCACAGCCGCUGGACGCUCACAGCCUCUCACAGCCUCUCGCAGCCGCUGGACGCUCACAGCCUCUCGCAGCCGCUGGACGCUCACAGCCGCUCACAGCCGCUGGACGCUCACAGCCUCUCACAGCCGCUGGACGCUCACAGCCUCUCACAGCCUCUCACAGCCGCUGGACGCUCACAGCCGCUCACAGCCGCUGGACGCUCACAGCCGCUGGACGCUCACAGCCUCUCGCAGCCGCUGGACGCUCACAGCCGCUGGACGCUCACAGCCGCUGGACGCUCACAGCCUCUCGCAGCCGCUGGACGCUCACAGCCGCUGGACGCUCACAGCCGCUGGACGCUCACAGCCUCUCGCAGCCGCUGGACGCUCACAGCCGCUGGACGCUCACAGCCUCUCACAGCCGCUGGACGCUCACAGCCUCUGGACGCUCACAGCCUCUGGACGCUCACAGCCUCUGGACGCUCACAGCCGCUGGACGCUCACAGCCUCUCACAGCCGCUGGACGCUCACAGCCUCUGGACGCUCACAGCCUCUGGACGCUCACAGCCUCUGGACGCUCACAGCCUCUGGACGCUCACAGACGCUGGACGCUCACAGCCUCUCGCAGCCGCUGGACGCUCACAGCUGCUGGACGCUCACAGCCUCUCACAGCCGCUGGACGCUCACAGCCUCUCACAGCCGCUGGACGCUCACAGCCUCUCACAGCCGCUGGACCGCUCACAGCCUCUCACAGCCUCUGGACGCUCACAGCCUCUCACAGCGGCUGGACGCUCACAGCCUCUCACAGCCUCUGGACGCUCACAGCCUCUCACAGCCGCUGGACGCUCACAGCCUCUCACAGCCGCUGGACGCUCACAGCCUCUCACAGCCUCUGGACGCUCACAGCCUCUCACAGCCUCUGGACGCUCACAGCCUCUGGACGCUCACAGCCUCUCACAGCCUCUGGACGCUCACAGCCUCUCACAGCCUCUGGACGCUCACAGCCUCUCACAGCCGCUGGACGCUCACAGCCUCUCACAGCCGCUCACAGCCUCUCACAGCCUCUCACAGCCUCUCACAGCCUCUCACAGCCUCUCACAGCCUCUCACAGCCUCUCGCAGCCGCUGGACGCUCACAGCCUCUGGACGCUCACAGCCUCUGGACGCUCACAGCCUCUCACAGCCUCUCACAGCCUCUCACAGCCUCUCACAGCCUCUCGCAGCCGCUGGACGCUCACAGCCGCUCACAGCCGCUGGACGCUCACAGCCUCUCGCAGCCGCUGGACGCUCACAGCCUCUCACAGCCGCUGGACGCUCACAGCCGCUGGACGCUCGCAGCCGCUGGACGCUCGCAGCCGCUGGACGCUCACAGCCUCUCACAGCCUCUCACAGCCGCUGGACGCUCACAGCCUCUCACAGCCUCUGGACGCUCACAGUCUCUCACAGCCGCUGGACGCUCACAGCCUCUCACAGCCUCUCACAGCCUCUCACAGCCUCUCACAGCCUCUCGCAGCCGCUGGACGCUCACAGCCUCUCGCAGCCGCUGGACGCUCACAGCCUCUCACAGCCGCUGGACGCUCACAGCCUCUCACAGCCUCUCACAGCCUCUCACAGCCGCUGGACGCUCACAGCCUCUCACAGCCUCUCGCAGCCGCUGGACGCUCACAGCCUCUCACAGCCUCUCACAGCCUCUCACAGCCGCUGGACGCUCACAGCCUCUCACAGCCUCUCGCAGCCGCUGGACGCUCACAGCCUCUCACAGCCUCUCACAGCCGCUGGACGCUCACAGCCGCUCACAGCCGCUGGACGCUCACAGCCGCUGGACGCUCACAGCCGCUGGACGCUCACAGCCUCUCGCAGCCGCUGGACGCUCACAGCCUCUCACAGCCUCUCACAGCCUCUCACAGCCGCUGGACGCUCACAGCCGCUGGACGCUCACAGCCUCUCACAGCCUCUCACAGCCUCUCACAGCCUCUCACAGCCGCUGGACGCUCACAGCCGCUGGACGCUCACAGCCUCUCGCAGCCGCUGGACGCUCACAGCCGCUGGACGCUCACAGCCGCUGGACGCUCACAGCCUCUUGCAGCCGCUGGACGCUCACAGCCGCUGGACGCUCACAGCCGCUGGACGCUCACAGCCGCUCACAGCCGCUGGACGCUCACAGCCGCUGGACGCUCACAGCCGCUGGACGCUCACAGCCGCUGGACGCUCACAGCCUCUGGACGCUCACAGCCUCUCACAGCCUCUCACAGCCUCUCACAGCCGCUGGACGCUCACAGCCGCUGGACGCUCACAGCCUCUCGCAGCCGCUGGACGCUCACAGCCGCUGGACGCUCACAGCCGCUGGACGCUCACAGCCUCUCGCAGCCGCUGGACGCUCACAGCCGCUGGACGCUCACAGCCGCUGGACGCUCACAGCCGCUGGACGCUCACAGCCGCUCACAGCCGCUGGACGCUCACAGCCGCUGGACGCUCACAGCCUCUCACAGCCGCUGGACGCUCACAGCCGCUGGACGCUCACAGCCGCUGGACGCUCACAGCCUCUGGACGCUCACAGCCUCUCACAGCCUCUCACAGCCUCUCACAGCCGCUGGACGCUCACAGCCUCUCGCAGCCGCUGGACGCUCACAGCCGCUGGACGCUCACAGCCGCUGGACGCUCACAGCCUCUCGCAGCCGCUGGACGCUCACAGCCGCUGGACGCUCACAGCCUCUCGCAGCCGCUGGACGCUCACAGCCGCUGGACGCUCACAGCCGCUCACAGCCGCUGGACGCUCACAGCCGCUGGACGCUCACAGCCGCUGGACGCUCACAGCCGCUGGACGCUCACAGCCUCUCACAGCCGCUGGACGCUCACAGCCUCUGGACGCUCACAGCCUCUGGACGCUCACAGCCUCUGGACGCUCACAGCCGCUGGACGCUCACAGCCUCUCGCAGCCGCUGGACGCUCACAGCCGCUGGACGCUCACAGCCUCUGGACGCUCACAGACGCUGGACGCUCACAGCCUCUCGCAGACGCUGGACGCUCACAGCCUCUCACAGCCUCUCACAGCCUCUCACAGCCUCUCACAGCCGCUGGACGCUCACAGCCGCUGGACGCUCACAGCCUCUCGCAGCCGCUGGACGCUCACAGCCUCUCGCAGCCGCUGGACGCUCACAGCCUCUGGACGCUCACAGACGCUGGACGCUCACAGCCUCUCACAGCCGCUGGACGCUCACAGCCUCUCACAGCCGCUGGACGCUCACAGCCUCUCACAGCCGCUGGACGCUCACAGCCGCUCACAGCCGCUGGACGCUCACAGCCGCUGGACGCUCACAGCCGCUAGACGCUCACAGCCGCUGGACGCUCACAGCCUCUCGCAGCCGCUGGACGCUCACAGCCGCUGGACGCUCACAGCCGCUGGACGCUCACAGCCUCUCGCAGCCGCUGGACGCUCACAGCCUCUCGCAGCCGCUGGACGCUCACAGCCGCUGGACGCUCACAGCCUCUCACAGCCGCUGGACGCUCACAGCCUCUGGACGCUCACAGCCUCUGGACGCUCACAGCCUCUGGACGCUCACAGACGCUGGACGCUCACAGCCUCUCGCAGCCGCUGGACGCUCACAGCCGCUGGACGCUCACAGCCUCUGGACGCUCACAGCCUCUCACAGCCGCUGGACGCUCACAGCCUCUCACAGCCGCUGGACGCUCACAGCCUCUCACAGCCGCUGGACGCUCACAGCCUCUCACAGCCUCUGGACGCUCACAGCCGCUCACAGCCUCUGGACGCUCACAGCCUCUCACAGCCGCUGGACGCUCACAGCCUCUCACAGCCUCUGGACGCUCACAGCCUCUCACAGCCGCUCACAGCCUCUCACAGCCUCUCACAGCCUCUCGCAGCCGCUGGACGCUCACAGCCUCUCACAGCCUCCUGGACGCUCACAGCCUCUCACAGCCGCUCACAGCCGCUGGACGCUCACAGCCUCUCACAGCCUCUGGACGCUCACAGCCUCUCGCAGCCGCUGGACGCUCACAGCCUCUCACAGCCUCUCACAGCCGCUGGACGCUCACAGCCGCUGGACGCUCACAGCCUCUCACAGCCUCUCACAGCCUCUCACAGCCUCUCACAGCCUCUCACAGCCGCUGGACGCUCACAGUCUCUCACAGCCUCUGGACGCUCACAGCCUCUCGCAGCCGCUGGACGCUCACAGCCGCUGGACGCUCACACCUCUGGACGCCUCUCACAGCCGCUGGACGCUCACAGCCUCUCACAGCCGCUGGACGCUCACAGCCGCUGGACGCUCACAGCCUCUCACAGCCUCUCACAGCCGCUGGACGCUCACAGCCGCUGGACGCUCACAGCCUCUCACAGCCUCUCACAGCCUCUCACAGCCUCUCGCAGCCGCUGGACGCUCACAGCCUCUCACAGCCGCUGGACGCUCACAGCCUCUCACAGCCGCUGGACGCUCACAGCCUCUCACAGCCUCUCGCAGCCGCUGGACGCUCACAGCCUCUCACAGCCUCUCACAGCCUCUCACAGCCGCUGGACGCUCACAGCCUCUCACAGCCGCUGGACGCUCACAGCCUCUCACAGCCUCUCACAGCCGCUGGACGCUCACAGCCUCUCACAGCCUCUCACAGCCGCUGGACGCUCACAGCCGCUGGACGCUCACAGCCGCUGGACGCUCACAGCCUCUCGCAGCCGCUGGACGCUCACAGCCGCUGGACGCUCACAGCCUCUCACAGCCUCUCACAGCCUCUCACAGCCGCUGGACGCUCACAGCCGCUGGACGCUCACAGCCUCUCGCAGCCGCUGGACGCUCACAGCCGCUGGACGCUCACAGCCGCUGGACGCUCACAGCCUCUUGCAGCCGCUGGACGCUCACAGCCGCUGGACGCUCACAGCCGCUGGACGCUCACAGCCGCUCACAGCCGCUGGACGCUCACAGCCGCUGGACGCUCACAGCCGCUGGACGCUCACAGCCGCUGGACGCUCACAGCCUCUGGACGCUCACAGCCUCUCACAGCCUCUCACAGCCUCUCACAGCCGCUGGACGCUCACAGCCUCUCACAGCCUCUCACAGCCGCUGGACGCUCACAGCCUCUCGCAGCCGCUGGACGCUCACAGCCGCUGGACGCUCACAGCCUCUCGCAGCCGCUGGACGCUCACAGCCGCUGGACGCUCACAGCCGCUGGACGCUCACAGCCGCUCACAGCCGCUGGACGCUCACAGCCGCUGGACGCUCACAGCCGCUGGACGCUCACAGCCGCUGGACGCUCACAGCCUCUCACAGCCGCUGGACGCUCACAGCCUCUGGACGCUCACAGCCUCUGGACGCUCACAGCCUCUGGACGCUCACAGCCGCUGGACGCUCACAGCCCUCUCGCAGCCGCUGGACGCUCACAGCCGCUGGACGCUCACAGCCUCUGGACGCUCACAGACGCUGGACGCUCACAGCCUCUCGCAGCCGCUGGACGCUCACAGCCGCUGGACGCUCACAGCCUCUGGACGCUCACAGACGCUGGACGCUCACAGCCUCUCGCAGACGCUGGACGCUCACAGCCUCUCACAGCCUCUCACAGCCUCUCACAGCCUCUCACAGCCUCUCACAGCCUCUCACAGCCUCUCACAGCCGCUGGACGCUCACAGCCGCUGGACGCUCACAGCCUCUCACAGCCGCUGGACGCUCACAGCCUCUCACAGCCGCUGGACGCUCACAGCCGCUCACAGCCGCUGGACGCUCACAGCCUCUCGCAGCCGCUGGACGCUCACAGCCUCUCACAGCCUCUCACAGCCGCUGGACGCUCACAGCCGCUGGACGCUCACAGCCUCUCACAGCCGCUGGACGCUCACAGCCGCUGGACGCUCACAGCCUCUCACAGCCUCUCACAGCCGCUGGACGCUCACAGCCGCUGGACGCUCACAGCCUCUCACAGCCGCUGGACGCUCACAGCCGCUGGACGCUCACAGCCUCUCACAGCCUCUCACAGCCGCUGGACGCUCGCAGCCGCUGGACGCUCACAGCCGCUGGACGCUCACAGCCUCUCGCAGCCGCUGGACGCUCACAGCCUCUCACAGCCGCUGGACGCUCACAGUCUCUCACAGCCUCUCACAGCCUCUCACAGCCUCUCGCAGCCGCUGGACGCUCACAGUCUCUCACAGCCGCUCACAGCCUCUCACAGCCUCUCGCAGCCGCUGGACGCUCACAGCCUCUCACAGCCGCUGGACGCUCACAGUCUCUCACAGCCUCUCGCAGCCGCUGGACGCUCACAGCCGCUCACAGCCUCUGGACGCUCACAGCCUCUCACAGCCGCUGGACGCUCACAGCCUCUCACAGCCUCUGGACGCUCACAGCCUCUCACAGCCUCUGGACGCUCACAGUCUCUCACAGCCGCUGGACGCUCACAGCCGCUGGACGCUCACAGCCUCUCACAGCCUCUCACAGCCUCUCACAGCCUCUCACAGCCUCUGGACGCUCACAGCCUCUCACAGCCGCUGGACGCUCACAGCCUCUCACAGCCGCUGGACGCUCACAGCCUCUCACAGCCGCUGGACGCUCGCAGCCGCUGGACGCUCACAGCCGCUGGACGCUCACAGCCUCUCACAGCCUCUCGCAGCCGCUGGACGCUCGCAGCCGCUGGACGCUCACAGCCUCUCACAGCCGCUGGACGCUCACAGCCGCUCACAGCCUCUCGCAGCCGCUGGACGCUCACAGCCUCUCACAGCCUCUCACAGCCGCUGGACGCUCACAGCCGCUCACAGCCGCUGGACGCUCACAGCCGCUGGACGCUCACAGCCGCUGGACGCUCACAGCCUCUCGCAGCCGCUGGACGCUCACAGCCGCUGGACGCUCACAGCCGCUGGACGCUCACAGCCUCUCACAGCCUCUCACAGCCGCUGGACGCUCACAGCCGCUGGACGCUCACAGCCUCUCGCAGCCGCUGGACGCUCACAGCCGCUGGACGCUCACAGCCGCUGGACGCUCACAGCCGCUCACAGCCGCUGGACGCUCACAGCCGCUGGACGCUCACAGCCGCUGGACGCUCACAGCCUCUGGACGCUCACAGCCUCUCACAGCCUCUCACAGCCGCUGGACGCUCACAGCCUCUCGCAGCCGCUGGACGCUCACAGCCGCUGGACGCUCACAGCCGCUGGACGCUCACAGCCGCUCACAGCCGCUGGACGCUCACAGCCGCUGGACGCUCACAGCCGCUGGACGCUCACAGCCUCUGGACGCUCACAGCCUCUCACAGCCUCUCACAGCCGCUGGACGCUCACAGCCUCUCGCAGCCGCUGGACGCUCACAGCCGCUGGACGCUCACAGCCGCUGGACGCUCACAGCCGCUCACAGCCGCUGGACGCUCACAGCCGCUGGACGCUCACAGCCGCUGGACGCUCACAGCCUCUCACAGCCUCUCACAGCCGCUGGACGCUCACAGCCUCUCACAGCCGCUGGACGCUCACAGCCUCUGGACGCUCACAGACGCUGGACGCUCACAGCCUCUCGCAGCCGCUGGACGCUCACAGCCUCUGGACGCUCACAGACGCUGGACGCUCACAGCCUCUCACAGCCGCUGGACGCUCACAGCCUCUCACAGCCUCUGGACGCUCACAGCCUCUCGCAGCCGCUGGACGCUCACAGCCUCUCACAGCCUCUGGACGCUCACAGCCUCUCGCAGCCUCUCACAGCCGCUGGACGCUCACAGCCUCUCACAGCCUCUCACAGCCGCUGGACGCUCACAGCCUCUCACAGCCGCUGGACGCUCACAGCCUCUGGACGCUCACAGACGCUGGACGCUCACAGCCUCUCGCAGCCGCUGGACGCUCACAGCCUCUGGACGCUCACAGACGCUGGACGCUCACAGCCUCUCACAGCCUCUCACAGCCGCUGGACGCUCACAGCCUCUCACAGCCGCUGGACGCUCACAGCCUCUGGACGCUCACAGACGCUGGACGCUCACAGCCUCUCGCAGCCGCUGGACGCUCACAGCCUCUGGACGCUCACAGACGCUGGACGCUCACAGCCUCUCACAGCCGCUGGACGCUCACAGCCUCUCGCAGUCGCUGGACGCUCACAGCCUCUCACAGCCUCUGGACGCUCACAGCCUCUCACAGCCUCUCACAGCCGCUGGACGCUCACAGCCUCUCACAGCCUCUCACAGCCUCUCACAGCCUCUGGACGCUCACAGCCUCUCGCAGCCGCUGGACGCUCACAGCCUCUCACAGCCGCUGGACGCUCACAGCCUCUCACAGCCUCUGGACGCUCACAGCCGCUGGACGCUCACAGCCGCUGGACGCAGAAGCUGCUCAUUACAAAGCGGCCGCAGAUGCCCCGGAACACUGCGGCCGCUGA